AUGGGCAAUCUUGAUGCCACCGACGACGCCCAGGUCGCGUCCAUCAAAGACGACAACCGUCCGUUCCUGCACAAGCACGGUGCCGCCGACAUUCGCGAACUCCAGGGCAACGCUCAUUUCUAUGAGACGGUCAGCGCCGCGCCGCUGAACCCGUGGUCCCGCACGAGCAUCCAGCUGUACCUUAUCCUGCUCAUCGCCGCCCUCAAUGCCACGGCCUCUGGCUUUGACGGUUCCAUCUUCAGCUCCAUCAAUGCAAUGCCGCAGUACCAGAAAUACUUUCACCACAGUGAGCUUGGCUCGGCCACCGGCAUUAUCUUCAUGAUUUACACCAUCGGCAACAUGAUCGGCUCCCUCUUUACGGGCCCUAUCUGCGACCGCUUCGGCCGCCGCGCCGGGAUGAUGACAGGCUCCGUCCUCAUCAUGGUCGGUGCCGCCGUCCAGACCGCCGCGCAGUCCGACGCCUACCUCCUCGGUGGCCGCUUCGUUCUCGGCUUCGGCGUCUCCAUCGGCACUUCCUCGGCACCGACCUAUGCUCUCGAACUGGCCCCUCCGCAGUGGCGCGCCCGUGUCGUCGGCUACUAUAACUCCUUCUUCUACACGGGCGCUAUCCUCGCUACAGGCGUCGCCUAUGCCGCCAUCAAAUCCCCGGGCGAGACGGCUUUCAGGCUUCCCCUUGGUCUGCAGCUUAUCCCGCCGCUCUUCAUCUUUUUCGGCGCCCUCGUCAUUCCCGAGUCACCGCGCUGGUUAACCAUGUGGGGAAAGAAGGAGCAGGCUGCCGCCAUCCUUGCCAAGUACCACGGCGGCGGCGACAUGAACCAUCCGAUGGUGCAGCUCGAGCUUCGUGAGUUUGAGGCUGGCAUUGAGCUGCAAAAGACGUCGAGCGUCUGGAACUACUGGCCCCUUGUCAGCUCACCCAAUGCGCGAUGGCGCUUCACCAUGAUGGCUUUUAUGUCCGUCUUUGCUCAGCUCAGUGGUAACUCCGUCCUGACUUACUACCUGCCCUCCAUGUACAAGCUCCUCGGGGUCAAGACGCCCCAGCGCAAGCUGCUCUUGACAUUCGCCAACACCAUUGUCUCAGGUGCGGGUGCUGUGGCAGGCUCGGCGCUGAAUGAUACUAUUGGGCGUCGUACCAAGCUAUGGGUUGGUAGCAUCGUUCUCGCUGGCCUGUUUGGCGGCGUUACGGGCUUUUCCAGCUACUUUGAGGGGGGGAAGACGGAUGUGAGCUCGACCAUUACAAGCAGUGGUAUUGCAUUUAUCUUCCUCUUUGGCUGCGCCUAUUCUUUCAUUUACACACCUCUGACGGCCACAUACUGCGCGGAAGUCCUAUCCACCCCGAUGCGGGCCAAGGGCAUGGGUAUUCAUGUCAUUCUUAGCAACUGCGCCAACCUGUACAACACCUACGUCACUGCUGUCGCUCUCGAGGCCAUCGACUUUCGCUACUAUUUUGUCUUUGUCGGCCUGAACAUUAUAUACGCUGCUCUUUGGUACUUUCUUGGCGUCGAGACCCGCGGUCGCACCCUUGAAGAGAUGGAGGAGGUAUUCAAUGCCAAGUUUCCGCCUAGGGCCGCCCUACAAAAGGCCGUCAUGGUCAAACAGAGAGAUGGACACUUGGCGGAUGUUGGCGCCGCCGCAGGCGAUGAGGAGCGCGUCUAG